AUGGGUCUUCUCCUCAAGAUUGUCGCCGUGUCUUUUGCUGCACUUACUGCGGCGAACAGUGAGUAAAAGUUACAGAAUUUUGAUUUUUGAAGGUUUCAGAAAUUUGCGCUUUAUUAUUACUUUGGGUUAAGUUUCAGAAUUUCGAUUUAUUUAACAAUAAACUUCAAGUUUCUUCAUUCUUCUUGUAAAAUACCGAAUUUCCAUCUUUUCUCUCAACGACGCUCCCACAUUUACAUGUUAUUACAAUUCUCUAAUGUGAGAGAAAAGAGACGCAGCAACGUCAGACGGUUUUAUGCCCCAACAGAAAGGGUAUUCUCUCUUAAAUAGGAAAUAAUGUUCUUGAAAAUUCUCAACCUUUUUUUUCUUGUCUAACAUUUUCUAUUUCGAAUAUUGAAAAGGUAUUGCAAGUUUGAGAUUCUUUUGGAAUUGUCGAAUUUUCUGAGAAGCGUACAUCAAGAUUAUUACCUGAUAUCUUUUUUUCAAAAUGAAUGAAAAAAAGUAUAAAAAAAGGGGACUUUUGACCAAGUUUGUCUUCUUUAAAUUUUUAAUUCUGAACAAAAACAAAAAAAGCCCCCCAUAGGGACUACUUACGAUUUUUUUCCCUUUCAGUUUGCACUGACAACACUGGUCACUGGUCUUUUUGCAAUUGACGACGGAGUUACCGACUUUUUAUUAUGGCGGAGUCAAGCUCAACAAGCAGUGAGUCAGAAAAAUAAUAUUUUCAAGAGAAUUACAAAAAUUAAAGGUACUUCUGCUUCGAAGGAUGCUUGAACACGGCCACGGCUGUUCAAAACUACAAGGUUUGUGAUUUUCUGAAAAACUUUUCAAAGUUAAACCGUUUCACUUGAAUUUUACCCCUAUAAGGAGCAACUAACCCCCCCUUAAAGGGACUGCUUCUCGUCCUAAUCCCUACUUAAAAAAUUCCAGAGUAGCCCCUAUAGGGACCGAAAAAGUGUUCCCUAUAGGGGUAAAAUCAAGGUCGUCCCUAUAAGGGUCUUUCAAAUUCAUUCGAAAAACGCUUAUUUGUUGAAUUUUUCGCAUAGAGUAAAUAAAAAUUAUCGGCUAUCAUGUUCCCCUAUAGGGACCACUCUGGAGUUCUCAAGUAAAUUUAUGUAGUAGCCACUUUUUGAAAAGGAAAUUCCAUGAACUGAACGAUUUAAAAAACCUCAUCAAAAUCUGCAAAAGUUUUGGCGAAUUUUGAGCUUCACAAUAAAAUUAUUCUUUUCUGUAUAAAAAAAACCCUUAUAAAGAUUUUAUUAGAAGAGAAAAUUUUCAAGGUACAACUUUCUACCGGAAAUCAAUUCGUCGAAAGAAUCCGAAGACGCGAGGAGAUCAUCGCGAAAUUCGCUCUACCGGGUUCGUUUUAGCAGAGAAAUAGGCAAGCAAACCGGAGGUUGCUGAGCAUUUCUGGGGUUCACUUAAGGGUGCUAAAGACCGCUUAAGGUAUCACUAGAAAUGGAAGGUCCGAGGCACGUUCGGUCUGCGUUAAAGAGGUCCGAAAAGGCUCAAAAGUCUCAAAAAUCGAGCUCUUGAAAACUGAAAUGUAGAAAAUUCGCUCCCAUGAACCAUGAGUCAAAUUAGCUGAUAUUCGGCCCUUAAUCGUCUUUAUGAGGAGUUUUGAUCCAGCUAAAGAAGUACUGGAAGGAGUUCAAGUGAUCAUUUUAAGGCUCCAACUUUUGGAGAGGUUCAACUGAUCAUUUUAGGAUCCCAACUAUUGGAGAGGUUCAAGGGAUCAUUUUAGGAAUGCAUGACUUUUCAAACACCGUUUUCCGCUAGAAGCUCAUACGUAGUACUUUUUAUUAGUUUCUUCUAAAACUGUCUGUCUUCAUUUGAUUUUUUAUUCACUAACUUUAUUGAAGAACUUAUGAGCAUCACUAAAAAAACUGAGAUCUCUUCAAUUGUUCAAAAACUGAAUAAAGUAAUAAUAAAAUGAAAAUGAUUAUUCUUUCAAAUGCACUUUCUUCUUUUCCAACGUUUCAAAACCCUCUUAAGUGAUCCCUAGAAGUUUUAAGAAACGCCCGGUUUCUUUUUUAUAAUUUCUAGUGGUCACAUUAGCGACAUUAGCGAUCUUAAAUGAUCCCAAAACAUCUCGGAAAUGCCCGGGGCGUAUCCCGUUCGCGUUACCAAGGUGCGAGUAAGUAGAAAUUAUGUUUCAGAUGACCCGAACGCGCAAAGUUGCAUCGACCCGGUGUUGAGACAGGACGUCGGCAGCGCAAUCAAUAAGACAACUCGCCACGAUUGCAAGGUUUUUUUUGUUGAUAAGAUAGGAAAAAUAUAUAAAAAGAAGUCAGAGUUUGUAAAAGGGGUGCAAGCGACCUUUUAGGGGACUUACAUUAGGGGUUUGAGUUUCUAAUAAGGUGGGAAAAAUCUCUAUCUUUAAAGCAUCUUUCUCUCACCUAUUCAAGGAAAAUGAUUUUUGUCGGCUUUUUUUCUUUUUUUCCGCUGCUCAUUAUGGUUAUCUCAUAACUUUUUUAUCUUUUUGAAAAUAAAUUUUCUCAUAAAAAGUUCUGAAAAACCGCUAAGAAGAUUUUGAAGGUCUUCUAUUCAAAAAAACUCCUUUUCGAGCAUUUUUGCGUUUUUCCCCUGUUCCAAAAGGAUGAAUUUCUAAAAAAGCCGAAAACAACAGAAAAUGUAAGGUUGAAUAUAUUUUAAACAAAAAUUUAACGAUCUGAAUGUUAUUGAACAAAGGUAACUUGCGCUCCACGGCUAAUAUUCAAAAAUUCACUAAAUUGAUGAAAAAAGUUUUUUUGAGCACGUUUUUAUUGAAAUGGAAAGUUGAUGAAGAGCUUCGAAUUCCAAAAAAACUAGGCAUAAAUAUUGGCCGCAAUAAAUUCAAAGCAAAAAGCGCUCCUCCUCAAAAAAAUUGACUUGCAGGUUCGAAAAAAAUUUGGAUUUUUGAUUCAGCCUUUUUUUAAAUAGAAAGUAUCAAUAGUUUUAUUUUUAUUCACCUCAAGUUCUUUGACGAAAAUAUUUUUAAAGAUUCUGACAUGGCAAAGUUGGAAGGGUCGAAAAAAGCUCCUUUUUUGUUCCUUUUUGCGUGAUUUCAUCGGCUUUUAUGCAGCAUUUUUGCUGCCUCUCCCUUUUCCCACCAUUUCCUGAGCCUUUAAAAUCUUAGCAACAAUGGAAGGCUCGAAAAAGGGACUCAAUUUAAUGCCUUUCUGCGGCCUUUUUUGAGCCUCUCCCUUUUAGCGCCCAUUAUCCACCAUUCCGACUUUGCCCGUGUAGUUUGAUCUUUCAAGCUUAAAAUGUUGACCUUUUCGAUGAAGAUAUUAAGUCUAAGUUCGUUCUAAAUACUUUACUGGAAGCUAAUUUUGAUUUUUUUUUUUUUUUGAUCGAAGGAAACUGUUAUUCAAUCAAUUUUUUUGAGGGAAUCAUCAACACCCUGGCUCUGAAUUUGAACCGUCCCGGCUGGGCUUACAUCUGCGUCAAGUUCAACUCUUUUGGCGUUGAUUCGAUCGUUGCGGUUGGUAUUAUUCGUUUUUCUUACUUUCGGAAGCAUUACAAAAAUAUUUUUUUCGGAAUCAACAAAAAAAUUUCUUGAUUUCCAGGACAAGAACUUCUGCGACUACGACGCCUUCCUCCAAGGCGAAAUCUUCAACGUCCGUUUGGCCAAGAUCGACAUGUCUUGA